AAAGGGGUGAGGCCUUAUGUUUGUCUUUGCUCUGUGUGGUCUGAACUGUACAUCUCUGUUUGUUGAUAAGGAUCAUACAAACCAGGUGGAGACAGAAAGGGCAAUGAAAAGUACUGUUUCCUUUGCUGCAUGUUAGCAGUGAUGGUCCCACUCUGCCAGGAUGCAGGUCCAUAACCGUCAGCCCUGCACUCUCAGCACCACAGGGGAAGGAGCAGGACAAGUAGUGCCUCAUGCUCUGUCCUUUUCUGCAUGGGACAGUCAGCUCCAUCAUGGGGGCUGUGGAGGACGGAGCAUCCAUGCAAGUUGCUCUUCUGUGGCUCUGGCUUGAGGCAUCUCUGUCCUCUUUCAGCUUCUCCCAGCAUGGCCCCACCCAACGCUUCAGUUCUCCAGAAGUGGUGACUCCCUUGAAAGUGACCAGCAGGAGCAGAGGUGCAAGGACUCCAGGAUGGCUCUCCUAUAGCCUGUUAUUUGGGGGCCAGAGACACGUUAUUCACAUGAGGGUCAAGAAGCUGUUGGUUUCCACACACCUCCCUGUACUCACCUACACAGACCAGCGUGCCCUCUUGGAAGAUCACCUCUUCAUCCCUGCUGACUGUUACUAUCAUGGUUAUGUGGAAGGGGCCCCCAAGUCUCUGGUUGUUUUCAGUACCUGUUUGGGGGGCUUACGGGGAGUGUUACAAAUAAAUGACCUCGUGUAUGAAAUUGAACCCAUCAGACACUCUACUGCAUUUGAACAUCUGGUUUAUAGGUUAAACAGUAAUGAGACACAAUUCCCACCCAUGAAGUGUGGUUUAACAGAGAAGAGUGUACGCCAGCACUUGAAAUUUGAAGUGGGUGAGAACUCAGUUCGGAAACACAGUUCUGCUGGUGACUGGUGGAUCCACUUGUGGUUUUUGGAGCUGGUUAUAGUGAUAGACCAUGAUUUCUUCAUUUACUCCCAAAGCAACUUGUCAAAACUUCAAGAGGAUGUAUUUCUUGUUGUUAAUAUAGUGGAUUCCAUGUAUCAUCAGUUGGGUACUUAUGUCACUUUGAUUGGGAUUGAGAUUUGGAAUCAAGGAAACAUUUUCCAGAUGACAAACAUAGAACAGAUUUUGGAAAAUUUCUCUCAGUGGAAAAAAAUCAGUCUUUCCCAGCUACAGCAUGAUGCUGCACACAUUUUCAUAAAAAGUUCACAUAUCAACAUACUUGGUCUAGCCUAUGUUGCAGGAAUAUGUCGUUCUCCAAUUGACUGUGGAGUCUGUAACUUCCAGGGAGAUCCCUGGCCUGUCUUUGCUAACACUGUGGCCCACGAGUUAGGUCAUAUUUUGGGUAUGGUGCAUGAUAAGGAAUACUGUUCAUGUGGCGAACGUGGUUGUAUUAUGAGCACUUUCCGAAUACCAGAAGCGCAGAGAUUCACCAACUGCAGCUAUGUCGAUUUUAUGAAAACCGUUUUAAACCAAGGAUCAUGCCUGAGCAAUUUUCCGAGACCAGCAAAAGUCUUUCUGCUCAAGCGCUGUGGGAAUGGUGUGGUUGAAAGCGAAGAGGAGUGUGACUGUGGAGAGACACAGCAGUGUGAACACGAUCCCUGUUGUUCGCUGAACUGUACUCUGAGGCCUGGAGCUGCUUGUGCUUUUGGACUGUGUUGCAAAGACUGCAAAUUCGUGCAAUCAGGGGCACUGUGUAGACAACAGGUCAAUGAAUGUGACCUUCCAGAAUGGUGUAAUGGGACAUCCCACCAGUGCCCACAAGAUGCAUAUGUGCAGGACGGAGUUCCCUGUGGUGAAAAUGCCCACUGCUAUCAAAAACAAUGUAAUAACCACGACCAACAGUGCAGGGAGAUUUUUGGCCAAAGGGCAAAGAGUGCAUCUCAGAAUUGUUAUAGAGAAAUCAACUCUCAGGGAAACAGUUUUGGCCACUGCGGUGUCAACGGCACAGUCUACCUGAAAUGUAAUAUGCCUGACGUCUUUUGUGGGAGGGUUCAGUGUGAAAGAGUGGAAGAUAUGCCACAACUCCAAGAUCAUUCAGUUUUGCAAAGCACUCGUGUCAGUGGUGUCACGUGCUGGAGCAUCGGCCAUCACUUAGGACUGAGCGUAUCUGACGUUGGUGAAGUGAAAGACGGCACCACCUGCGGAGCAGGAAAGAUCUGCAUUCACAAGAAGUGUGUCAGUCUUUCGGUCCUGUCACAAGAUUGCCUUCCCGAGACCUGCAAUAUGAAGGGGACCUGCAAUAACAAACAUCACUGCCACUGUGCCUACGGGUGGUCCCCACCCGACUGCCUGAACAGAGGCUACGGAGGCAGCAUUGACAGCGGCCCAGCAUCUACAACCAAAAUAGUUUUCCUGAAGCUAGUUGUGAUUCUUUUUUUGUCUGCUUUGAUUUGUCUCUCAACUGUUGGGCUUUAUAUGUAUCGUCGAAUACGUUCUGGUCCCAAGGAGACUGAGGCUCACUCACUCACUGAGGCUCACUCAGAUUAAGGAAAUGUCUCUCACUGAAAAUCCUACGCAUGAUUUAGGUUUAUUUCCUGGGCAGUAGAAAUGUUAGCACGUGCCCCAAACUGAGCACAUCUGUGACAGUUUACAGAAAGACAUAGGGAUCUUUCCUUCUGCAGGGAUCAGAAACUUUGUCAUUAGGUACAGGUAAUUCUUAACAUGUUCCUACCUACUGUUCAUUAUCUGAAGCAGCAAAUAAAGCUGUGUUUCCUCCCUCAA